GGCCGCGCUCGCGAUGGGCGUGGUGUUGACGGCGCCGCGAUGGCUGCUCGCGGGUGUCGGACCCGCGAAGCCCCGGGCCCCUCUCAGAGCCCGGCCUCCUGACGCCGCCAGUGGGCGGGGCCGCGCGGGCCGCCUCCGCCGCUGUCAUGUACCCGCCGCCGCCGCCGCCGCCGCCGCCGCGUCGGGAUUUCGUCUCGGUGACGCUGAGCGCCGGCCGGACCUACGACGGCAGCAAAAGCUGGCGGCGGCGCUCGUGCUGGAGGAAGUGGAAGCAGCUGUCGAGAUUGCAGCGGAACGUGAUCCUCUUCCUGCUCACGUUCCUGAUGCUCUGCGGGCUCCUGUGCUACGCCAGCGUGGCUGACCAGUGGCGAGCGGGGAACGGCGGGUCCGCGGAAGAGCGGAAGAGGAGACCAGUGGACCCGCCCGUCUUGCCAGCUCCUCGGAAAGCAGAGGACCUCCCGGGCGUCUUACCGCAGAAGCCUCAAAGGCAUUUCCGACGGGGACCUCCCAGCCUGCAGAUUCGAGCCCCCAGUAAAGGCUCCGAGGACAGGAGGCAGGACGACACCAAGUGGAGGGACGAGGCAGUGGGUGGCGCUCGUCGGGAAGAAAACACACGGAGAACGGUGGUCAGCUGGCGGGGAGCGGUGAUUGAGCCGCAGCCGGGCACCGAACUUCCUACGAGGAAGGCGGAGGCGCCCCCCAGACCUUCCUCCCAGGCCCCCAGGAUUCAGAACCAGGCAGCUCUCUUCCCUCCAGCCUCCCCGAACGAGCGCCAGAGGGCCGUGAUCGACGCCUUCCGCCACGCGUGGGCCGGAUACCGCAAGUUUGCCUGGGGCCACGACGAGCUGAAACCUGUGUCCAGGUCCUUCAGCGAGUGGUUUGGCCUGGGCCUGACGCUGAUUGACGCCCUGGACACCAUGUGGAUUUUGGGCCUGAAAAAAGAGUUUGAAGAGGCCAGGAAGUGGGUGUCUAAGAAGCUGCGGUUCCAGAAGGACGUGGACGUCAACCUGUUUGAGAGCACGAUCCGCAUCCUGGGCGGGCUUCUGAGCGCCUACCACCUGUCCGGGGACGACCUCUUCCUGAAGAAGGCUGAGGAUUUUGGGAAUCGGCUCAUGCCUGCGUUCCGGACGCCCUCCAAGAUCCCGUACUCGGACGUGAACAUCGGCACGGGGGCCGCCCACCCGCCCCGCUGGACCUCGGACAGCACGGUGGCCGAGGUCACGAGCAUUCAGCUGGAGUUCCGGGAGCUCUCGCGUCUCACGGGCAAUAAGAAGUUCCAGGAGGCCGCGGAGGAGGUGACGCGGCGCGUGCACUCGCUGCCCGGCAAGAAGGAUGGGCUGGUGCCCAUGUUCAUCAACACGCACAGCGGCCUCUUCACCCACAUGGGCGUGUUCACCUUGGGCGCCCGGGCUGACAGCUACUACGAGUACCUGCUGAAGCAGUGGGUCCAGGGCGGAAAGAAGGAGACCCAGUUACUGGAAGAUUACCUGGAAGCCAUCGAGGGGAUCCGAAGGCACCUGCUGCGCAGGUCUGAGCCCGGGAAGCUCGCCUUCGUCGGGGAGCUCGCCCACGGCCGGUUCAGCGCCAAGAUGGACCACCUGGUGUGCUUCCUGCCAGGGACGCUGGCUCUGGGCGCCCACCACGGCCUGCCCGCUGACCACAUGGAGCUGGCCCGGGCGCUCAUGGACACCUGCUACCAGAUGAACCGCCAGAUGGAGACCGGGCUGAGCCCCGAAAUCGUGCACUUUAACCUGUACCCCCAGAACGACCGCAAGGACGUGCAGGUCAAGCCGGCCGACAGGCACAACCUGCUGCGGCCCGAGACGGUGGAGAGUCUGUUCUACCUGCACCGCCUCACGGGGGACCCCAAGUACCAGGACUGGGGCUGGGAGAUCCUGCGGAGCUUCAACACGUACACAUGGGUCCCCUCGGGCGGAUACUCCUCCAUCAGCAACGUCCAGGACCCCCUCAACCCCCAGCCCAGGGACAAGAUGGAGAGCUUCUUUCUGGGGGAGACGCUUAAGUACCUGUAUCUGCUCUUCUCGGACGACCCGAGCCUGCUCAGCUUGGACGCCUACGUGUUCAACACCGAGGCCCACCCCUUGCCCAUCUGGGCCCCGCCGGGCGGCGCGUGACUGCCCCAUGGGCCCCGCCCCAGGAUGUCCCAGGUCUUGCGUUUAUGGAAGCCUGUCUGUAGACCCCUGGUUUGGGUCGGUCCACUGUCCUUGGCCUGUGGCCCUGUAGUUUGCACUCGGCCGGCUGCCUGUGGUCCAGGCCUGGCUGAAUGGAGACACCAGGGGUUCCUGGGCCUGAGCAUCUUAGGGCCUCACGGGUGGGCAGGACCACUAGGCAGCCUGUUUGAGCUUCUUGUGACGAUGGUGUUAUAACGUGAGCCCCAUGAAUCACGGUGGUCCCGUCCACUAGGGGAGCCUCCUGCUUCCUAAGGAAACUGGAAUCAUGACUCACAUUCCUCGUAUCUGAACGUCUUACCGUUAGCCGGUGUCCAGGCUUCAUGGUCCCAGGUGACUGGUCAUCUCCCCGGGGGUGCGCUGGGUCUCCCACCAUCAUGGGAGUGACCAGAGCUGAAGGGACAGCCCAACAUGUGACUCAGCCGGUGGUCGCAGAGCUUGCGACAUGCCCGGACCCAAGGGUCUGAGGGCGUCUCUGACCUCCUCCGAGACCGGGCACCUGGCGGGCUGUGGCGUUUACACGUUGGACUCAGGGAUCCCCCCUGGCCCUGCAGGGCCGGGAGGGGCGGGUAGGCGAGCGCGUCCUGCUCCCGGACCACCUGGUACAAUGGACUUUCCAGGCAGCAUAAAAGUAGGUUUGCUCUUA